AUUCAGGCAUUCAACUGGCUUCUGUGUAAUGUCAUUCAAACAACUUCUCUACAUGAUAUUCUCUGGCAUUUUGUGGCAUCUCUAACUCCUGCUCCAGUGGAACCUGAGGAAGAAGAGGAUGAAGAAAAUAAAACAAAUAAAGAAAAUGCAGAACAAGAGAAAGAUACAAGAGUAUGUGAGCAUCCACUCUCAGAUAUAGUGAUUGCAGGUGAAGCUGCUCAUCCUUUGCCACACACAUUUCACCGUUUACUUCAGACAAUCUCGGAUCUUAUGAUGUCUCUCCCCAGUGGCAGUUCACUGCAGCAAAUGGCUCUUAGAUGCUGGAGUCUCAAAUUCAAGCAAUCUGAUCAUCAGUUCCUCCAUCAGAGCAAUGUCUUUCAUCACAUUAACAAUAUUCUGUCAAAAUCAGAUGAUGGAGAUAGUGAGGAGAGUUUUAGCAUCAGUAUACAAUCUGGCUUUGAAGCUAUGAGUCAGGAAUUAUGCAUAGUUGUGUGUUUAAAGGACUUAACCAGCAUUGUUGACAUAAAAACUUCAAGCCGACCUGCCAUGAUUGGCAGUUUGACAGAUGGUUCCACAGAGACUUUUUGGGAAUCAGGAGAUGAAGACAAAAACAAAACUAAGAGCAUCACUAUCAACUGUGUAAAAGGAAUUAAUGCCCGCUAUGUAUCUGUUCAUGUGGACAAUUCACGGGAUCUUGGGAAUAAAGUUACCUCAAUGACCUUCUUAACUGGCAAAGCAGUAGAAGAUUUAUGCAGAAUAAAGCAGGUCGAUCUGGAUUCUAGGCACAUUGGCUGGGUGACAAGUGAACUUCCAGGAGGGGAUAAUCACAUCAUCAAAAUUGAAUUAAAGGGCCCAGAAAAUACACUAAGAGUUCGACAAGUAAAAGUCCUGGGCUGGAAAGAUGGUGAAAGCACAAAAAUUGCAGGCCAGAUAUCAGCCAGUGUGGCUCAGCAGAGGAACUGUGAGGCUGAGACUCUACGAGUAUUCAGACUUAUUACAUCUCAAGUAUUUGGAAAGCUCAUCUCUGGAGAUGCUGAACCUACACCAGAGCAAGAGGAAAAAGCACUUUUGUCAUCACCAGAAGGAGAAGAAAAAGUAUACAAUGCUACAUCAGAUGCUGACCUGAAAGAACAUAUGGUUGGCAUAAUAUUCAGCAGAAGUAAACUGACUAACUUACAAAAACAGGUGUGUGCUCACAUUGUCCAAGCUAUUCGCAUGGAAGCCACCAGAGUUCGAGAAGAAUGGGAGCAUGCCAUAUCAAGCAAAGAGAAUGCCAAUUCUCAGCCAAAUGAUGAAGAUGCCUCCUCUGACGCUUACUGCUUUGAGCUGCUCUCCAUGGUUUUAGCAUUGAGUGGCUCUAACGUCGGCCGGCAGUAUCUGGCUCAACAGCUGACCCUGCUUCAGGAUCUCUUCUCCCUGCUUCACACAGCCUCUCCUAGGGUCCAGAGACAGGUGACCUCCUUACUAAGACGAGUUUUGCCAGAAGUAACCCCUAAUCGUCUGGCCAGCAUUAUAGGAGUGAAAUCUUUGCCCCCAGCAGACAUCAGUGAUAUCAUUCAUUCAACGGAGAAAGGAGAUUGGAAUAAGCUGGGUAUCUUGGACAUGUUUCUAGGAUGUAUUGCCAAAGCGCUCACUGUGCAGCUGAAAGCCAAAGGAACCACCAUCACUGGGACUGCUGGGACCACUGUGGGCAAAGGAGUUACCACGGUCACACUUCCCAUGAUUUUCAACUCCAGUUAUCUUCGACGUGGUGAAAGUCAUUGGUGGAUGAAGGGCUCAACUCCUACUCAGAUCUCAGAGAUCAUCAUUAAACUUAUUAAGGAUAUGGCAGCAGGUCAUCUGUCAGAAGCUUGGUCCCGAGUGACAAAAAAUUCUAUUGCAGAAACUAUCAUUGCCUUGACCAAGAUGGAAGAAGAAUUUAGGUCUCCAGUGAGAUGUAUUGCAACAACUAGACUCUGGCUUGCUCUAGCAUCACUGUGUGUUCUUGACCAGGACCAUGUGGAUCGCCUCUCCUCUGGAAGGUGGAUGGGAAAGGAUGGGCAACAAAAACAAAUGCCUAUGUGUGAUAACCAUGAUGAUGGUGAAACUGCAGCUAUCAUUUUAUGCAACGUCUGUGGAAAUUUAUGUACUGACUGCGACAGAUUCCUUCAUCUUCAUCGUCGAACCAAAACUCACCAAAGACAGGUCUUCAAAGAAGAAGAAGAAGCUAUUAAGGUUGACCUUCACGAAGGUUGUGGUAGAACCAAAUUGUUCUGGUUAAUGGCACUAGCAGAUUCUAAAACAAUGAAGGCAAUGGUAGAAUUCCGGGAACACACAGGCAAACCUACCACAAGUAGCUCAGAAGCAUGUCGCUUCUGUGGGUCCAGGAAUGGAACGGAGCUAUCUGCUGUUGGCAGUGUUUGUUCUGAUGCAGACUGCCAGGAAUAUGCUAAGAUAGCCUGUAGUAAGACACACCCUUGUGGCCAUGCAUGUGGAGGUGUUAAAAAUGAAGAACAUUGUUUGCCCUGUUUGCACGGCUGUGAUAAAAAUGCCACAACGCUGAAGCAAGAUGCCGAUGACAUGUGCAUGAUAUGUUUCACUGAAGCCCUCUCGGCAGCACCAGCCAUUCAGCUGGACUGCAGUCACGUAUUCCACUUACAGUGCUGUCGACGAGUAUUGGAAAACAGAUGGCUUGGUCCAAGGAUAACAUUUGGAUUUAUAUCUUGUCCCAUUUGCAAGAACAAAAUUAAUCAUAUAGUAUUAAAAGACCUGCUUGAUCCAAUAAAAGAACUCUAUGAAGAUGUCAGAAGAAAAGCCUUGAUGAGAUUGGAAUAUGAAGGUCUGCAUAAGAGUGAAGCUAUUACAACUCCUGGUGUGAGGUUUUACAAUGAUCCAGCUGGCUAUGCCAUGAAUAGAUAUGCAUAUUAUGUUUGCUACAAAUGCAGAAAGGCAUAUUUUGGUGGUGAAGCUCGCUGUGAUGCUGAGGCUGGACAAGGGGAUGAUUAUGAUCCCAGAGAGCUCAUCUGUGGUGCCUGUUCUGAUGUGUCCAGGGCUCAGAUGUGUCCCAAACAUGGAACAGACUUUUUGGAAUAUAAAUGUCGCUACUGCUGUUCAGUGGCUGUCUUUUUCUGUUUUGGAACAACCCAUUUCUGUAAUGCUUGUCAUGAUGAUUUUCAAAGAAUGACUAGCAUUCCUAAGGAAGAACUCCCACACUGUCCUGCAGGCCCCAAAGGCAAACAGUUAGAAGGAGCAGAAUGUCCACUCCAUGUUGUUCAUCCUCCCACUGGGGAAGAGUUUGCUCUGGGCUGUGGGGUAUGCAGAAAUGCACACACUUUUUAGAACAUUCAGACCCUUUGUCAACAGAGAGGAAAGUUGCUUUCAUCCACCAAGCGGAUGCAAUGAAGUUUAAACUCUGCUCAAGAUAACAAUGGGACCAUUUUUACAUCCAUGAAAAUGAACCAUUCAUAGUGCAAGAAGAAUGCCAAAUACCGUGUACAUAAUUCUUGCUAAUGAAAAAUUUCCACAUUAUUUUGGUUUAUCUUCUUUGAACCAAGACAUCAAACUUGUGAGGUGUUUGCAUGUGGCCAUUACCGUCAUUGGCCUGUGAAGCAUUGGACAUUUAUAGAUAAUUGACAUAAAGGAAUCACCAUAUCCUGGACUACGAAUGAUGCUGGCUUUCAAGCAAAAAAGAAAAAUAGUCAUUGUUUAUUGUAUACUGCCUUUUUGUAAUCCUGUACAAUUGCAUCACGGGAGGGGAUAAAAUAAGAAUAUUCUGGUUUAUUUCCUAGACUGUUAUUUAAAAAAAAUUGUGUUAGGAUGGCAUAUAAAUGUAAUAAGUAUCACACUGUAUAUAAAUAUCAAUGUUUGUCCUGUAUAAGAAUUACUAAAUUACAAAUGCAGUUUCAUUUAAACUUCUAGGUUAAGUUUGAGCCUGAAAUUUUAAUGAAGUGCAAUACUGAGUGUGCCUCAUUAUCUUGCAGCUGUAAACAUAUUGGAAUGUACAUGUCAAUAAAACCACUGUACAUUUUUAUACAGUGAUAAAGU